AUGCCGAGCAGUCUACUGUUUGCCACCAGCAGCGAGGGACGCGUGCAUACGCUGUCCACCAGCUCAAGUGGAUGGCGCGAGUUCCCAUAUCUUGGUCUGGAAUUCAAGAAAAUUAGCGCAGUUCCCAAUUAUAUGUGGGCCAUUGGUGGCGAUCGUCAAGUAUAUGUUCAUGUGCACGGACUUGAUGUGCCAAUACGAGUUAAGGAGGAAUCUUACGAAAACGAGCGCUGGCUGCCUAUUGAGGGAUUCUCGAAAACGCUGCUGCCCACCGAUCGUUAUAAAUACUCUAACGUUGAUGGCAGUGUUGAGAGGAGCGUGGACAAGAUACGUUUGCCCUCCAUGGCCUGGCAGUGGGACGGUGAUUGGCACCUGGACUUGGAGCUGGAUGGACAACAGCUGCCUGAAGAUGGCUGGAUGUACGCCUUGGAUUUUCCAGCCUCAUACUCGGCAAAAAAGUCAUGGAACUCGUAUGUGCGCAGACGCAAGUGGAUACGCUUUCGUCGCUAUGCUGCUCUUAAUAGCUGGUGUGCUGUCGCACCCUUGCACAAGGAUCCAACACAGGAGCCUUUUAUUGAUGUAGCCAUAGGUGGCACACACGUGCCCAAUGCACAAGCCGGCACUCUUUGUGUAUGGGCCAUAACGGCGCAUGGCCGCGCAAUGUUUCGCACUGGCGUCACUGCCUUUGCACCGGAGGGACUACGCUGGACUGCCAUCAAUACGCCCAUCGGCAGUGAACUCGCACAGAUUAGUGUGGGUCCAACAGGUCUAGUCUGGGCGGUGCUAUACAAUGGACGCGUCAUUGUGCGCACGGGCAUAACACGAGAUAAUUUGUCGGGAGAUGCAUGGCUGGACGUGAAGUCGCCGGUGGCCACCAGUGGACAAACAGAUACGCCACGGGGCCUCCGCAUUGUGCAGAUCUCAGUGGGAACCGAUGCAGUCUGGUGUAUAACAAACGAUCAUCAUGCCUGGUUUCGACGUGGUAUCAAGGGUGAAGCGGCAGGCAUCAGUGAAGAUGCUGCCAUAGGCAGAGGCUGGGUGGAAAUGGUUGGAAAUCUGUCAAUGAUCUCUGUGGCACCAAAUGAUCAGGUGUUUGCAAUUGGCGCUGCAGAUCGUGCUAUAUACUACCGAUCAGGCGUUAGCGCCGCCGAUCCCACCGGCAAGAAAUGGGUGAAAAUUCAAUGCCCGAUGCAAAUCAGUCGUUCCUCUAGUUCCUUGUCUAUAGUUUCGCGCAAAAGUGGUGGCAGCAGCUCAACACCUGGCUCCAAGCACCAAAGUUUUUCCAAUCUAUAUUCCAAGGAAAAGGAAAAGGGAGUUGUGGAAACGUGCGCAGUCAUUGAGACGGUCACCACCCACAGUAACGCGUCCUCAAAUAAUGGUCUAAACAAUCGUUUGAAAAAUGAACGCUGGAAGCUGAACGCUGACUCGCCUCCCACCAUUGGCAGCCUCAAUCUCAACGAGCGUCAGAAGCAUCGAGCAACUGCCUUGCGCGAGCCCCUAUCGCACGCUUCCAGUGCGCCGGCAGCGGAUGUCGCCGAGAUAAGCGGAAAAUUUGAAACACAACUGAAGAAUCCACGGGCCUGGUCACCGGUACGCAGUGUUGGAUCUGUUGUGGGCACCGAGGCGCACCCGGAGAGCGAUUCCGCGGUCUUCGAAUCGGAAUCAGCGCAUGGCUCCGAUGCAUUUCUCGGUGAAGAUGACGAUCACAAUGGCUCACAGUUUUGGACAGAGUGUGCCGUGAUGUGGAGCUGUGUGGCCACUGGCGCCGUCACUGUGGAUACUAAUAACAUUCCCAACUGGUUCAAUGAGCAUCACAACGAUAACAAAACCGAAGUGAAUCCCAAUUGGCGCAACGAUAUACUCGGGAAACUAAAGCAGCGCCAAGAAAGCUUAGCAAAGCUGCAGCAGGAAACGCAUUACGAGAAGGCAGUCGAGCUAACAUCGUGGAUUAAAACGGCAGACGCACGUUAUCACCAUCCAGCUGGUGACUACGACGACUGCGUCAUUGAGCUGGAAUGGGUGAGCGGCAAUGGAGGUGAUAACACAGAAAAUGAUUCCGGCACCUUCACGGUGCUCAGUCCGGAUGGCUCAGCGACCAAAAUACAAUUUGCCCUCUCCGACAUUACGUGUGUACAAUGCUGCAGCGAGCCGGCUGCACCACGAUUGGCCAUACACGCAGUUCAUCUGCCCAUCAAUUGCAGCCCGGUCAAACUGCAAUUCGCCGGCGAUGCGGAUAUGGAGGAUUGGCUAUCGCAUUUGUCCUCGGUAUGCAGUCAAAUCAAUAUGCUAAUGGGCAAACCAGCCAGCAAUGCCAUUUGGCUGACCAGCGACCUGGGCGAUACGUUUGUCUUCGAUGCGGCCAACAUGAAGGCACAGCAGCUAGAAAAAACCACCAAUGGACAGGCUCAUUACGUGGAACGCAUGGAUGUGUCGACGUGUGAGACACCAUACUAUAACACGCUCUAUAAUGGCAUGCCCUGUGGCAGCGAAUUGGAAAUUGCGGGUUGCGUCUACGAUGACGCCGAUCAGAUUCGCUUCGACUUGCAGUGCCAUUCCAAUAUUAAAGCUCUACCCCAUCGUGUGGAGAAAUAUCGGGUCAUAGCGAUGCAUUUGAACCCGCGUUUCAAUGAACGCACAACCGUACUCAACUCUAUGAUUGACUCCGAAUGGCUGGAUGAAAUACGCAAUGAUCGCAUGGUCUUUGCACCUGGUGCGAGCUUUACUGUAAAAAUCAGGGCUCUUCAAAAUCAAUAUCAGAUUGUUGUCAACAAUGAUAUCUAUGCCGAUUAUAAAUAUCGUACGGACCCAGCGGCCGUUACCUGCCUCUAUGUGAGCGGGCGAGUGAAGCUUUUUAGCGUCAUCUAUCGUUCUCCGUCGGUGAUUUUGUCUACGCAACAGAUGCACUGGCGGCAGAUAGGUGGCCAUGUGAAGCGAGUGUAUAACAGUGGAGUUGAUGUUGUAUGGGGCAUAUCCUGCGAUAAUACGGCUUGGGCAUACAACGGCGGCUGGGGCGGAAUGUUCCUAAAAGGGCUAGAAGGGUCAGGCAAGAUUAACGCAAUGAUUGAUACUCACACCUACUAUGUGUAUGAGAAUCAACGCUGGAAUCCCAUCAGCGGAUUUACUGCCAAAAGUCUGCCAACUGAUCGACACAUGUGGAGCGAUGCAACUGGGCGACAGAAACGCAGUAAGGAGCACACUAAACUGCUGUCAACACAUUGCGAGUGGAUAUCUGAUUGGGCGAUUGACUACAAUAUACCCGGGGGAGCUGACAAGGAAGGCUGGCAGUAUGCAAUCGAUUUCCCAGCCACCUACCAUGCACAAAAGAAGCUGACGGAUUGCGUACGACGACGUCGUUGGAUGAAGAAAUGUCGCCUUACCAGCAGUGGACCCUGGCAGGAGCUUAGUCAUUCCAAAAUACUGGAUGCUUCACUGCAGGUCCUGGACAGUGAUGUAGAUAGUGCGCUUAACGUAGAGGAUAUGCCCGUUGCUGCUUGGGCCAUUGCGUCAAAUGGCGAUGUCCUAAUCCGGCAUGGUGUUUCGACACUGAAUCCUCGUGGCGAUACCUGGGAGCACAUUGUAAGCGAUCAACCGCUGAUCGGCAUUAGUGUGGGACCCACCGGUCAGGUCUGGGCAGUUGCUCGCAAUGGCAUGAUUUUCUUUCGAUAUGGCAUCAACAAACUGAACCCUUGCGGGGACGCCUGGCAGCAGGUGGAGGCCCCAUCUGGCGUUACAUUCAAGGUCAUUAGUGUUGGUCGCGCAGGCAUCUGGGCGUUGGACAACCAACAGCGUCUAGCGGUGCGUAAGGAAGUAACGCGCACGUUCCCAGAGGGUUCGCAUUGGCAAUUUCUCCCAAAUGCUGCCAACGUGCCGCCGCACACUGAAACCCACUGCGGCUUUCGUUCAGUGUCCGUGGGCAAGGAAGUAUGGGCCAUUUCCCUAAAUGGCGUCAUAUGCCGACGAUGCGGCAUAACCAAUGAAAAUCCUGCUGGAGCCGGUUGGAAUCUGGGUAUUGCUGGCCAGUGGCAGCAUUUAUCCCUGGAGGGGUAUAUGUAACCAUCUUAUUCCGUUUUCAGUAUUUACAGAUAUACCCUACACACAAGGAUAAUAUAUUAACAACUUGAUACAGAUGUGGGACAAACAUUGGCAAUUUAACGCUUGAAAGAAACAGUUUGAACAUUGAGUGAAGGGUAUCUUAUAAUAGAAAUAUCUUGACUGCAGCAUUCUUCCUUUUUCGAUUAUAAUAUGAAAUGCUUACACAUAAGCUUGUAUUAAGCGUGAUUUUGUUUUAUAUUUGUACGUUAUAUUUUUGUUAAUAAGUAUGAUUUAUUUAUGUUAGAGCUUACAGCACUAAAUUAUA